AGAGGGGGGGAGGCCUGGCUGUAGUGUUAGCGAACUACUGAGGGGAAUGGACAACGUUUAAUGCUAACCUGCAAGACGGUGAGUUUGGUGGACUUCAGCUUUGGCAUGGACUGAUGACCGUAAUGCGUUUGUAAUGUCGGCGCGUCUGAGCUUUCACACUGCUGUCGACAAACUGGAGAAACAUAUCCAAGAAAUGGACGACGGCAGCUACAUCGAGUUUGAUGUGCCGGAGUUCAGUAACAAUGUUCUGACCCAACUCAAUGAGUUGCGGCUGCAGGGGAAGCUGUGUGACAUCAUUGUUCACAUUCAGGGCCAACCAUUUCGAGCCCACAAGGCCGUGCUGGCAGCAAGUUCACCCUACUUUCGUGACCACUCAGCUCUCAGCACCAUGAGUGGCCUUUCCAUUUCAGUCAUCAAAAGCCCUGAAGUGUUUGAGCAGCUUCUUGCUUUUUGCUACACAGGUCACAUGUCCCUGCAGCUCAAGGAUAUUAUCAGUUUCCUCACCGCUGCCAGCUUUCUGCAAAUGCAGGCGAUCAUUGACAAGUGUACCCAAAUCCUGGAGAACAUCCAUUCCAAAAUCAGCCUCCCAGUUAGUGUCUGCAGCCCGGAGAAGGACAGCUUGCAGACCAGCCGCAAUGGAGUCAAUGACAGCAACCUGUUUAUAAACCCUACCCAGAUCUCCCCCCCUUACUACUCCCGGCAGAGUCAGGCAGGCCAUGAAGCGCGUUUAGAGCUGGCAGGAAAAGCCCUGGGUCGAGUGCGACAGCAACAGGAGGAAGGCCAGUCGGACCGUGGCAGUAGUGACAGUGUGUCAGAGCAUGAUGCACCCAUAGAGGGAGAAACAGAGCAAGUGGAACUGAUUGGAAAAGAUGGGCAAGUAACAGAUGUGCAUGUGAAGAUUGAAAAGACCGACAGGCCCACUUACUCAGAUAGUUCCUCAGCUGGUGAUGAUGGCUACCACACAGAGUUGGUGGAUGGAGAGCAGGUGUUGGCUGUUAGUGUGGGUUCUUAUGGUCCGGUCAUCCAGUCUGCUACCUAUUCUUACUCAGGGCUGUCCUCCCCGUGCUUUGUCAACCUUAGCAACUCCAGUCCUUCUCGCUCCAUGCUCAGUGGCUUCAGAGGUGGGCGAGCCAGGGCCAAGCGCCCUCUGGCCAUCCCGGCAGGAGUGCUGAGUCAUGUCAAACCAGGCUCAGAAGAUGGUGAUUCAGUUGUGGGACCGACAGGGUUGGAGAACGAUGUGCGAGAGCGUAGCCUGCGGAGCCAGUGGUACCCUUACAAUGAGAGACUCAUUUGCAUCUACUGUGGAAAGACCUUCAAUCAGAAAGGGAGCCUGGAUCGUCACAUGCGGCUGCAUAUGGGAAUCACCCCAUUUGUUUGUAAAUUCUGUGGCAAGAAGUACACAAGGAAAGACCAGCUGGAGUACCACAUCCGUGGCCACACGGACAACAAGCCCUUCCACUGUCAGAUCUGUGGCAAAUGCUUCCCAUUUCAGGGCACCCUUAACCAGCACCUGAGGAAGAAGCACAUGGGAGCAUCAGAGGGCAGCAAUCACAUGGACUCUCCAGAGAGGACGGAGGGAAGCUCAGGUCAGAAGGACCAAGAGGAUACAUCUGAGGGGAUGGCCUUUGAGGCACAAUAUGCAGAAGAGGCACCAGCCAAUGAUAUGGAGGAGAGUUCUAAAUGCAGUCCAGAGGAGGCUCAAGCAUCGAGAUGUGAUUUUUAGGUCCUGCUUCAGGUUAAGGAAGCUUUAAGAAAUGUUUAUUUCAGCUCAUUUUAAAGGACUCUCUUCUUUUUGAAUUAACUCCCUCUACUAUGGACAUUUCUUCUGUCAAGGGUUUCUGUCAAUUUUGUGAAAGUUCAAUGCUAAAUGCAGAAAGAAAAUGGGUGCUUUAUAGAAAUUUGAUUCUUUUGAGCAAAGGGAGUAACAACUUACUAUUUUUGAGGAGGUCCCAAUAAUCAAGACCCCCUUAUUGAUUUCUCUUUUUAUCUUUCCAUGUUUUUUAAAACAUAUUUACAGAGUUAUAUAGGCAUGUUGCAAUAAUUGAUAAUGUGAAAGCUCUGGUAAGAUGCUUGUCAUAUCACCUUUUUACCUGACCUGUUUUUGCACAUGUGGCCACAGGAGGUCACUUACUCACAAGGAAUGAUUUUUCUGCCAGUGCAAAGCUUCGUGUGACAUAUCCGUUCAAUACCUCAUAACACAACUACAUACUCAUAACAGACAGUAUUUUAAAUGAAACUCACCAGGUUCUACCUCAUAGCCAAGAACCUACCAGGCACAGACGUGUUCACCGUUUAUAAUCCAUUUUAGGUUGUAUGUACAGUAUCUUAUUGCCAAACCCUGUAAAGAAUAUUCUUUUAACACAAAGCCUUGAUACUUAGGGGAAAUAUUCCUUGCUGAUUGUAUGGAUUAGGGACAAAGUCCUUGUCAAAUGUUUCAUGGUCAGCCAGGCUAAAAUGAUGAUUAAGAAGGUGCUAUGUUAGGAGUGCAUUAAAUUUGCUAGCUUACUUGUGUGCUUUUGGCAGUUUUGGAGAAUAGAGUAAGAGAAUGGCCCUGUUAUUUUUCAAGAUACAAUUUUGCUGUCUUGUUAUACUUGUUCUACAAAACACUUCAGGAUUUUAUCCCUCAUCACUACUGGAGAUCUCACUCUGUUGGCCUAGGCAUGGUUUUAGAUGCUGCCAUCCAUGUAAUGGGUGAAUUACGUCCAUACAGUGAAGUCAUUUGUAUUCCUCUAUACUCUCAUGGCAGAUUUAUACAGAACUAUUGUAUAUGUACUUGUUUUGUCCUAAGGUAGGCUUCCAAUUCAGUACUCAGUGUCUAAGAGAGACAGGAGUAUUCAUUGUCAACUCAGCACAGCAGGAACAGCUCUGGAUCUGUUCACAUAAAUCACUAUAGUAUACUAGUCUGAACAAUAUGCAAACAGAAAGAACAAAGGAAUCUCAGCCAUUGUGACAUGGUUUUUCUUCCAUUAUUUGAAAGAGCUUUUGGUUUCUUUAUGUUUUUUUUCCAUCGUGUCCUGUCUUUUAUGGUGGGGCAAUUGAUCUGUGAUCACUGUUUUCUGCAUUGUUUGGGGUCAAAUGCAGAUUUGGAACAUGUUUUCCUCAUAUAUCAAUCCUAUUUUAUGACAUUGUCAUAGAUGGGACAUAGCUAGAUUACAGUUAAGAGAUAAAUGUUUUAAGAGGUGGCUGGUGAUCCAAAGUAUUGAUGCACUUUGCAGAGUUAGUGGGUGGUCUGGGUGCUGUCCCAGUGAUAAAAUGUGCUAAUUUCUGUCUUGAUUCUGAUGCAGCAGGAUCAGAGUAGUACGUGCAUCACAGCAGUGAUUCUUCCACUGAGUAAAAAAAUGUUGUGAACUUUGAUGAAACUCUGCAAUCACAUGAAUACUAUUGGCUAUAAGUUAUGCAUAAACUGCAUAUUAUCUAUACUAUUUGAAUAUGGGGAUGAGGGAUGGGGAGUUGUUAGAAUAGAGAGACUUGGAUUUAUUUCCAUGGUGACUUUAAAAUCCAUAUCCAUACAGUAAAAAGGCAGUUAGAAUGCCUGAUUGAUUAUACUGUCAUAAUUUGCUAAUUUAAAUCUCAGCUGGGUGGUUCCUUUUGUGCUAUCCUGCUUUCUUACUUGCCAUCCAGCUGUUUAAUGCCUUUUUUGGAAAAGCACCUGCUAUAUGCUUUUAGUUUGUCCCAUCUGGUCCAUGCUGAAUUUGUGUCAAUGAAUUGAUUAUUUUACAGUUUUCAAUAAUUUUCUACUUUGUGUGCUAUUUGGUGGGAGAAUAUUGCGUUUUGUUGCUUACGUCUAAUGUUGCGUCGAGUGCAGUCUUUUUUUUUUUUUUUUAUUCCUCUGAAUGUGCAGUUGUCGUCUUUACUCAUUGACAGUUAAGAUAGCAAACCAAAAUUUGGGGAAUUUAGCAAAAAUCGGUAUAGCUAGCUUUUUGUUAUCUUUUGUGUACGAAUGAAUCACCAACAUUUUUAGUCAUCAUCACCCACAGUCUGUCAGCCUAUAAAGUACUUUUAGAUGAAUGUUUUUUUUACAAAAUCAAGUUUAUUUCUCUAAGCAGCUGACUUGUGCAGUUUUGUCAGCUGAUCGGACCUCACCAAAAUCAGUUUAUGACUAAUUUGAAUCUCACUAUAAUAAUUCUUGACCUUCAUUUACGGAAAAAGAAGGAGAUACAUACCCUUUUGAAAUAUUGUGACGUUUUGUGAAUACUGGAUACAAACUCCUAAGAUAAUUUUGUGCCAAGCAACCACACCAAAGACUAAUGGAUGAUUUUUAAAGGUAAAUCUUGACUGUAUUGCAUAAUUGAAUGCUCAUUAUAAGAAAAAUAGGUUGAUAAUUUAGUGUAGGACUAGUUCAGUGCUAUUUGCAAGGAAUGGAUGUUUCCCAGCUUACAACAAUCACUUGUGUAAAAUUUGAACAAUUUGCUAAGAAGACAUUAGGUAGCAAAGUCGUAAGUAACGUCAUAUAUUAAGCCAUACAAAAGCUGACAAUUUAAAAGUUGUGCAAUAGGUAUCAUAAUUGUUAAAAAGCCAAUGUAAACAAAAGAGAGAAUACUUCACUAAAAGUGGCAUCUUAAACUUAGUGCCUUGCCACUAGCUUUAUAUUUUAGGUUCUGGCACUUAGGUUCCUGUGCCUCUUUAAUUUUGAAAUAAAUUAAAUGGAGAGAUUAUAAUAAAAUAUGGCCACAUCGUUUCGUGUAAAGUGGUGCCAAGAAUGAAUAGAAAUUAGUUCAUGUCAUUCUUGUCCAUUUUGUAGUAUUCUCAGCUCGAGUCCUACCCCUAAUUUUCACUUGUUCUCAUUUGAAUUGUUGUUUGUGGUCACAGGAUGGGCAACUAAUUGUAAGGUGUAACCGAUUUUGUAGCAACUGAUUUACAAUCAAAUGAAGCAGACAUUACCUGCAAGCAGUUGCCCCGUAUUCAGAGACUAUACUGUAUCCCUCCUCUCACGACUGAGGACAAUCUAAGCAAUGUACUGUAGUUUAGGAAUUUCAGUGAAGGAGGGAGAUGCACAAGAAACACAAAUCUACUUCCUUUUUGUUCUCUUGGAACAACUGGCAGGGAAACAGCUGCCUGGAUAUGAAGCAGAUCAUAAACAGAAUAUUUGUGCAGAAGAAAAGCUUACCCUCAAAUACCGUAGCUGAAUUGCACAUUGCUCAACCACAAAAUUGUAUAAAAUUGCCAAUAGAUAAUUUCUUAAACUUGAGUUUUUGUAUUUGUGUCAUGCACUUAGUUUUUUUUUUUUUUUUUUUUUUUUUUGGUUCAAAGUAUGUACCAGUUCCAUCCAGGAAGUCUAGUUUAUCUCUGUAGUCACCUACAAGGGACUCGGCUAUAAUUGCCUCAAUCACUUUGGUAGGGACCUUUUCCCCUUAAAUGGUGCUUUUAGACUAGUCAGGGUUUUUUUUUCUUCCCAAAUAAGUGAACAAAGUCCAUGUAUUCAUUUUAGACGAAUGGAGGGAAAAUUGUUUAAAUGCUUUUCAUGAACUAUAGUUACUUAUGUGAUAGUACACACCUACAGAACCAACUGAACUUGACACACACACACACUCGAAUCGAUUCUUUGUCCGCUCCUACUUCCACUCCUCUGGGAGGAACAGGAGAUGCAUUUUGGGCCACAAGUAAUCAAAAGGAAGUGUUUACAAGGAAGGCUGUCAGACUACUUUUUGAAAUUGCAGCUCGUCCUAUUCCUUUUAUAAUAAACUCACUUCAGGUAGUUUACGAACACUGAUAAGGCUUAGAAAAAAUCGUAAGUCUUCCAUAGCAUUUCUGUCAGUUUCUGUCCACUGUGUAUUAUUAAAAAAAAAAAAAAAAAAAAGCAAUAACCUUUUUAAAAGUGAAAGUGGUGUAUUGGGAUCAUGAAGCCUAUUGAAAUAUUGGCCUGUCAUAUAUCAAACAAACCGAAUGUCAGGGAGCUGUUGAAUUGAAGUAGAACCAGGACAAUUUGAUAUUGAUUUUAUUUUUUUAUAUGCUUUCUGAAACUUUGGACAGGUUGACUUUCUCUUCAAAAAAAAUAUAUAAAAGUGAAAAAGUGGUGUUGCUUGCUGAUGUUCUAAAUCUCAUGAAAAUCCAGUGGUAGUAAACUGCAACACAAGAACUGAGCGCGUGGUUCAGUCAUCAAACUCAGUGGCACUGUUCAGAGUUGCACCUCCAGCUGAGUCAAAUAAUGAAAGGGAUUUUGGGCUUUAUAGCCACUGUUUGGGAGCGGGCUAUCUGUUGGCAUGUUGAGGUUCAGUGAUCUCCUUUGGCUCCUCAGGCACCGAGACUGUAGUUGUAGUUGUUCAGGAUCAGAGGGGAAGUUUUCAGUCUAGAUAUUGUUUCCUUUUCCUUUUUUAACUCCCUAAACUCUGCACUAUAAUGUCUCUGGCUCAUAUGUAUUUGGUGACAAGGCAAAAAAAAACAACAACAAAACCUUAGAACUCAGGGUAUAUAGUGUUAAAAGUGGUCUCAUUGGACAUACAACCUAUGUCCAUAGUAUAAUUGUGCACUUCUCUUCAGGUGGGGAAACAAGUCCUCAGUUAGUGGUUCCCAAACAUUCUGCCUCAACGUCUCAAUGUGCCCAUAUUUUCCACAGAGCUGAAGCUUGAGGCGCACUGGAGACCACGAACUGAAGCAUAAUGGCAGAAACAGUCCCAGCUCCUGCUUUGUCCACUCUACACACAACCUCACAACCCAACUGUGAACCUCAGAACUCUACUGUUUUGUACAACUAUGAAGUAAAUGAAGCUAGCUAGAGCUGAUGUUGUAUCUAUUGCCAUUUAUGAAUUUAUUUUAUAGCAUGAAAUAAAAUAUAUUUAUUCAAAUUAUAUAUUUUACUCAUAAUCAUUCUGUGCUGCUUCAUUUUGGUUCUUAAGCUUGUAAAUUGCUUUUUUAUUAUAUAAAAAAUGUCAAUAGAAUAAUGCGUUUGUAAAAUAAAGACGCUGAUUUGGCUCGGA